AUGUCAGAAUUAGUUACGUGUACAUUUGUUAGAACAGGAAAGGUAUUGGAAGUCCAAACAUGGUACGACUGUAAGACAUGUGGACGUGUUGGAAGUGCUGGUGUAUGCGCAAGUUGUGCCGUAACAUGUCACGCUGGUCAUAACCUUGGACCUGCCAAAAAUUCAAAAUUCUAUUGUGAUUGUGGAUUUGGUACUUUAAAAAAGGAUUUAUCAUCAUCAAAUAAUUGGUUUGGUCAAGCUACCACCAAAUUAAAUGAAUUCAAGACCAAGUAUCAAAGUAUCGGUUCAGAAGCUGCCAUUAAAUUUAUAAACGAGACCGAGUUGGUGUUGAUCCUUGCCCAAGAGACUAUUGGUAAUUUGACCAUUGAAAAGGAGAUUGAAGGUGGAAUCAAGGAGAUGACACCUAUGGUCAAGGCUUUGGAGGGAGGUCUCACCAGAAAGGACAUUAAAUCGGUCCAAAAUUGGAUGACUCAACUCACUGUCAAGUUUGUACCAUUCAACGAACGUUUCUGUCAGCUCAAGAGUGCACAGUCGUUUAUCGACCAGGUCAAUGCUGUUUGGUUACGUGUCGACGCCGAGUUGGGAGAAUUGAUUGCCGAACAAGAGAUUGAAAAGGCGUACAAGGAGAUUGAACCAAUGGUCGGUGCUUUGCAAGGUGCCAUGACUAGACAAGACGUCAAGUCUGCCAUUAACUGGACCAAUCAACUUCGUGCUAAAUUGGAUCAAUUCAGAGCCAAGUACUUUGCCUACCAACAAUCUGUCCGUCUCAUUGAAACGACCACCACCAUUUUAUUAAAUGCCGAGUCUCAGUUCCACGACCUCAUCGAAGAGGAAAAGAUUGAGAUUGCUACCAAAGAACUCGUACCCAUGAUCAGCGCACUCAAAGGUGCUCUUGAACGCAAGGAUAUAAAGUCAAUCAUCAAUUGGAACAAUGUCCUCCACCCCAAGUUCCAACUAUUCACCCAAUUGUUUGGUGCCAACCCAUUGGCAAUCCGUACUAUCCAACAAGUCACCGAUCUCUUGUCAACCAUCAACUCACAACUCGGAGACACUCUCCAAGAACAAACUAUCAAUGAUACCGUCCAAUCACUUCAAAUUACACUCAAUGCUUUAUUAGGUGCUUAUGAAAGAAAGGAUCUAUCUUCACUUGCCAAUUGGAAGAAUCAAUUCAAUGGUCGUUACCAAGAGUUUAAGAGUCGUUAUGGUGAUAGUCGUUAUGCCAUUGUAUUUAUUCAAAAGGCCGAGACAGCACUCACCCAAAUCCAAAAUGAACUUGGUUCGUUACUCGUUGAAAAAGAGAUUAAUGAUCGUAUUGUUAUUGUUAAACCUCAAUUACAAUCGUUGCGUGGUUCAUUUGAACGUAAAGAAAUCCCAAGUAUCAUUGCUAAAAAGAAUAGUCUUGUCGUUAUCCUCAACCAAGUCAACUCUACCUAUCCAGCCAAUGAAUUGGUUAAAUACUCUGUAUUUAAGGAAUGUCAAGACUUGUUUGUUAGUAUCGACCAAUCAUUGGGUGCAACCAUUCAAGAAAAAGAGAUUGAAGAUCGUGUUGCUACCAUGACCAUCACCAAAAAGGCUUUACAAGGUGCUAUGGAGAGACAAGACCUCAAUAGUUGUGCCAACUGGAAACGUGUACUCGAUCAACAAUACAAACCAUUCCUCGACUCGUUCCAAUCAAAUCCAUUGGCAUCUCGUUUUAUUCAAGAGACCAAUGAAAUCGUCGCCAAGUUGGACACUCAAUUUGGUCGUGACCUUUUAGAAUUGACAACUAAAAAGUUGAAUGAUAUUCAAUUAAAGUCACCUGACCUAAAUACUCUUGCCACUCCAAGUAGUACUUCUUCUCCUGCUACCUCUACCUCUGCUGCUUCUGCUGCUACCACUGGUGAAGUACAAUGUAAAAAUAAGGACAAGAAUAGAUUGAAACAAGAUUUUUACACUUGUUUAACAUGUGUAAGAGAUAGUUUUGAUAGUAACAAGAUUGUAUGUCCAUCAUGUCGUGAUGUAUGUCAUGCAGGACAUGUCAUGGGUCCAUUGAUUCGUGCAGUUGGUACAUGUGACUGUGAAAAGUUACAUGUUGGACCAUGUCAAUGUUAUGAUGUCAAACAAUACCCACGUCAAGAAUACCAACCUUUGGAUUGGGUAAAGAAUAUUGGUAUUGCAACUGACGAGGAAAUCAAGUUUAUCGUAACCUAUUAUGCUUACUUGAUCAAGAUUGAAACUCGUUUCAAGGAACUUGGUAAUGACGAUCGCGAAAAGAAAUUGGAAUACAUUAGUGGUUUGACAGACGGUGUAUGGAGUAUUGGUAAACAAUUGGGUAUCGACAUUGGUACUAGUACAACACUCAAACCAUUUGUUGAAGUUGUAAAAGCAGAGUUUGUAAAGAUAUAUGGUCGUAUUUUAAAUGAAUCAUGGAAGGAUAUCAUUAACCUCUACAAAAAGAAGGAUACUCGUAACAUGGUUCAACCAAUCACUGCUGCCAAGGCUAAUGGAGAUGAUGCUGAUGUUGUUACUAGAACUGUCUACCUAGACUAUUACGAGAGUAUUUUACCAUGGUUGUUUAUUCAAGGUACACCCAAAGGAAGAGAGUUGUUUAAUCAAUCAAAACAAAACUAUCUUGCCAACAAUGCUCUUGUCAAGGAACCAAUCCAACAUGUUGCAGACUACUCUAAAGACUCGGAUCAAGACAAACAAUUGUCUGAAGAGUUUUGGACCAAGUUUGUCAGUAUCACCAAAGACGACACUCCAACCUUUGAGCUGAUCCAACCAAUUGAUCAACUACUCAAAGAGUAUGAACCAAAGCUUAAACAUGCUAGAUCGUUUUUGGAACAUAAACUCGCUGCUCAAGACUACCUCGCACUCCUCAAAUCAUUUGAGAGCAAGAGAUGUGCACCUGAAGGAUACAUCAAGACUUUCUCAUGGGGUGACAGUGACCAAGAUGUUCUCAGAGCCGUAUUCAAAAAGGAUUGGACUCGUUUCUUUGGUUUCCUCAAGAAGUUAACUUCGAGUUGCGCCAAUGCAAAGGACCCACGUUUCACAUUCUUUGCCAACGAGUUUGCCAAGACUUCUACCGAGAGAUUAAAGGCCAAGACUAUCCCACUUGUCUACAAGUUUGAAAACAAGGGCAAGACUGAAAAGUCUGGUCCCAUCAUCAACGAGCUCGAAACAAACCUCAAAGGUGACAAGGAUAUUGAGACCAUGACUCCUCAAUACAAUGAUAUUCGUAAACGUCGUCAAUUGGUUUACAAUCAACUUGUCUCUAUUGACAAGGAGUUCAACAAGGUCUUGGAAACUCACUCUUUACAGUUCCAACAAUCCAUCACCAAAGCACAUUUACAACAAUUAAAGGCAACCGUUCAUACUAGUCUUGACCCACUUAAAGAGGUGAUACCAAACAUUACCAAAUUCAAGGGUACCAAAGUUGAACUCCGCGACUUUGACAAGGAACCAACCACUCAAGGUGUAUUUGGUGGAUGGCAUGUAACUUGGGACAAGGAGAUUGAUGGUGGUUCAGAUUACACUCAACUACAAGAGAUUUCAAACACCCUCCUCGCUCAACUCACUGCUAAGAACCAAAUUCCAAACGAUAUCUCCAAGACUGGUAAAGAUAUGCUCAACACCUACCUCAUCAAACGUGCAAGUGUACUAAAGGGAACUGGUCCAUGGUCAGCAUCAGGUACCAUCUCUGGUAUCCACAACUAUGAAACCAACCACUAUGCCAGCUCUGAUAGUGAGACCAUGUUGCAAUCACAAAUUCCAAAGGAGGCAAGAAACAUCAAUAUGAAAAAGGUACUCUCUCACUAUACCACCACCACCGAACACGUCCGUCACACCAACAUUAGUAUCGAUCGUCGUACUGAACAUUACACAUGGUCAGUCUCCUAUGUCAUCGAUAGAGUUGCUGUCUCUAUCGAUACCGAUUCCAUCUCUUGUCUCUAUUUCUCUUCUGUCAAGGGUAAAUCAAAUUCUCUCUCUGGUAUUCAUCAAAAGUUAAAAGAUUUAUUACCAAAACAAUAA